UAGCCGCCUCCUUCCGCCCAAAUGGCUCCGCUACGCUUCUCGGCCAACGUUUCAUGGCUGUUCCCGGAGCUCCCCGGGCUGCCCGAGCGGCUGCAGGCCGCGGGCCGUGCGGGCUUCGAGGCGGCCGAGGUGGCCUGGCCGUACGCCGAGCCGCCCCAGGCGCUGGCAAGCGCUGCACGGGCCGCGGGGCUAAGGCUGGUGCUCAUCAACACGCCGCGGGGAGACCAAGAGAAGGGGGAGAUGGGGCUGGGGGCCGUCCCCGGGAGACAGGCGGCCUUCCGAGAGGGGCUGGAGCAGGCUGUGCUGUACGCCAAGGCUCUGGGCUGCCCCAGGAUCCACCUGAUGGCUGGCCGAGUACCCCCCGGGGCUGACGGAGCAGCAGUCAAGGCGGAGAUGGAGACAGUGUUUCUGGAGAACCUGAGGCAUGCGGCUGGGGUUUUGGCUCAGGAGAACCUCGUGGGACUGCUGGAGCCCAUUAACACCCGAAUCACGGACCCCCAGUACUUCCUGGAUACACCCCAGCAGGCGGCAGCCAUCCUGCAGAAGGUUGGGAGACCCAAUCUUCAGUUGCAAAUGGACGUGUUCCACUGGCAGAUCAUGGAUGGGAAUCUGACAGGAAAUAUCAGGAAGUUCCUGCCCAUUGUUGGGCAUGUGCAGGUGGCACAGGUCCCAGACCGAGGGGAGCCAGGAAGCUCAGGAGAGCUGGACUUUUCUUACCUGUUCCAGCUGCUAGAAGAUGAAGGUUACCAAGGAUUUGUGGGCUGCGAGUAUCGGCCUCAAGGAGACACGGUGGAGGGUCUGAGCUGGCUACGCUCAUACUGGGACAGACGGGGCCACCCACGGAGCGGCCAGUAGAAUUUGAUAGGCACCUGCAUGCUGCCCUGGGGCUCCUCUGAAUUAAAGACGCACUGGGCAUUUUCAUGUGUAUAUUACAGG